AUGGCCGUUCAUGCAAUGGGGUUUGGACCUCCUCGACCCUUUCCCCCCGGCCUCGGGGCAGCGAAAAUAAUCGUCGUGGGCGUGGAUUAUUUCACAAAGUGGGUCGAGGCAGAACCACUGGCGACGAUCACGGAGUGGCAAAUAGAAAAAUUCGUAUGGAGGAACCUGGUGACUCGGUUUGGAUUGCCCAAAACCAUCAUUACCGACAAUGGGCCUCAGUUCGCCGGUAAAAGGUUCCGGGAGUUCUGCGCCAACCACGGCAUCCAGCUACGGUUCAGCUCGGUGGCCUACCCGUCAGACAAACGGGCUGGCAGAGGUAACCAAUCGGUCCAUCCUAGACGGGCUCAAAAGAAGGGUGUCCGCGGCCCGAUCGGCUUAGACGGACGAACUCCCGAGCGUCUUAUGGUCGCUGCGCACCACUCCCAAGACCGCGACCGGAGAGUCCCCUUACAGCCUCGCGUUCGGAACCGAAACUGUCCUACCGCCCGAAGUAGCCCUUGCCACCUUUCGGACAGGAGGCUAUAA